AUGCUAUUUGAGCAAACUGUGGACGCCUAUCUCCGGUCGCAUGUGGCGUCUCAAGAGGAUUUCAAGUGCAUUUUGGGCAUAACGCCGAAUUUCCGUGACGGUUUGCUUAUCGGUCUUCCAAGCUCCCUGACUGCCAUGCCUCCAAAGUUAAACUGGUUUAUUCGAAAUGGACAUCACUCAUCAUUGCCGACAGCCCCUUCCUCCCUCUUUAUUCAUCGUGAUCCCUUUUCCGCCAGUUAG